AUGGUCUACCGGCCUGAUACUAGCUCUCCCCGAAUUCAUCGAGAGGAAUACCGCGUGAGCGCGCCAGCUGGAGGAGGUUCACGAUGGCGAGCCGAUCUCGAGAAGAAACACCACGUUGUCGAGUCUCGCUUCCCCAAGGAAGCUAAGAAAGUCAGUUGUGACGGGAUGACAAAGAACCAUCGCGAAGUCUGCUUUUCUCCUGCAAUCUACGAACGAGAGCUAGCUGUGUUCGAGAUUGCUAAAGUUCCGGGGUACCACAUCAGUUGUGGCCCAGAGUUAAAAGAAGAAGUCGAUGGAUCAAUCAUCUCCGUUGCCAAUAUCCAUACAGCCAAACUCACUCAGGUGUCCACGGGUGGUUCGAGAAUCCGGCAAUAA